CGUCGCGAACGUUUCACUCGCAAACACGGUGAGCUCGCGAUACAAAAACUCGCUACUCAUUUAGAAAGUUGUUUAAAACUCGGGGCUCAAAUAGAAAUCUAAAUAACUUGUCGAAAUAAAAUCAAAACUAAUCUCGUGAUUGUUUUGUGUUGAUUUUGUGAGGAUUUCUGUUUAAAUAACGAGUUAAAAGUGCUGUUGUUAAUAUAAAAUCUUUUUGAUGUGACUUUUCUCUUGCUAUCUGUGCGGAGCGAGAUUCUCUGUGCGUUUUUUUAUUCAACAACCGAUGGCCUUGACAGUUUGUUAUUCCUAGAACGCACGGUUUAAUUCGACCAUCAAUCAAGGUACAAAAAUGAUGAAGUCUCUUCGUCGAGGAAGACGAAAUUAAAUCACAAUUUACCUAUAAAUUUAGUUUCAUCCACAAAAAGUUAAAACCACGAGAGAAACUUGUCAUGGACAAGAUAGAUUCCCAAGGUAUGCCAGAUGACACCAUUAACAUCGGCGAUGUCAUUUUUUAUCGUUUUCAGUGGAGGUUAUAGAAACCGAUCCAGAUUACACAAAUAAUAAAGGAAAAAUGAAGAAAAUGGGAUCCUACAACUGUUUGGAAACUACAAGAACAACGCCGAGAUGUGUCAUCGUUGAAGAACCCGCUCAAAAACAACUCAGAUUUCGUUAUGAAUGCGAAGGGAGAUCUGCGGGAUCUAUUCCAGGUGCUAAUAGCACCCCAGAUAAUAAAACUUACCCCACUAUUAAAGUUGAAGGCUAUAAAGGAAAAGCGGUUGUUGUUGUUUCAUGUGUCACCAAGGAUGAACCUUUUAGACCGCACCCUCAUAAAUUGGUUGGAAGAGAGGGUUGUAAGCAAGGAGUUUGCACGGUUCCAAUUCCUGAAGAUACGAUGACCGUGAGUUUUCAAAAUUUGGGGGUACAAUGCGUGAAAAAGAAGGAGAUUGAAGAUGCGUUGAAGGCGCGAGAAGAUAUUAGAGUUGAUCCAUUUAUGACUGGGUUUUCGCAUAGAUCAUCCCCGACAUCUAUAGAUUUAAAUGCCGUCCGAUUAUGUUUCCAAGUAUUCCUUCACACUCAAAAUAAAGGAAAAUACACAAACCUCCCCCCAAUUGUAAGCAAUCCAAUUUACGACAAAAAAGCAAUGUCGGAUUUAUUAAUAGUGAAACUUUCGGAUUGUGUUUGCCCCGUCGAUGGAGGAAGCAAAGACAUCAUCCUUUUAUGCGAAAAAGUUGCAAAAGAAGACAUUCAAGUACGUUUCUUUGAAGAACAAAAUGGGCGUGUGGUUUGGGAAGGCUUUGGUGAAUUCCAACCGGCUCAAGUUCAUAAACAAACCGCAAUAUGGUUUCGACCUCCUCGAUAUAGAACAUUAGAGGUGAUCGAUCCUGUGAAAAUGUUUGUUCAAUUACGAAGACCGUCAGAUGGGGCAACAAGCGCCCCGGUACCAUUUCAAAUGGUGUCUUUAGGUAGGCCCGUAUCUUGGUCUUUACGCCCAUCGAUAACCAAAAAAAGAAAUUACUCAAUAUUUAGUGAGAUUUUAGCACAAGAUGCUCAAUCUCAAGCAAACAAACGAUCAAAUCUAUUCAAAGAUUUAACGAAUUUAAAUAGUUCAGUUUCAGUCGAAACUCAAACCAUUUUAAUCGAAAAUAAUAAUAAUAACGUUUUUAUUAACUUGGAAGAUGAAAAUAAAAACAUGGAGGUUGAAAAAGUCGACGUAGAAAUCGAUAAAAAUGAAAAUGUUUUAGUUGAAAAAAAUGAAAUCCAAGAAAAAGAUCCGGUUGUAGUUGUAGAAAAAGAAAUUUUCGAUGAUACAAAAAGUUAUACAAGUUUGCAAUUAGCGUUUAAAAAUCCUUAUGAUAUCACAAUUGAAGAUAAAUAUGAGGAUGUUAUUAUUAUCCCUGAAAGUCCGGUUAUUAAUUUAACUAAAGAAGUAGAAGAAAAAUUACCCCCUUUACCACCUAAGCGAUUAAAAAAGGGCGAUAUACGAACGUAUUCAUCAAAAAUUACCGAAAUAAAUGACCCAGGCUCAAACAUUUUAGAAAUAUCAUCCACUCCUGAGAUACCAAUACGUUCGCGAAGUCUUUCCAGACAAGAAUUAAACCCCAUCUCAAAAGAUUUACCACCCACACCAUGCUCAACUUUACCUAAAUCAAAAAAACGCAAAUUCUUGUCAGGAUUUUUUUCUCAUUUUAAUAAAAGCGCCACAACUUCACGAGAAACAACACCGUGCAAUUUUUCUAGUUCACAUUCUUUACAAACGACUAAUUGUAAUCAAAAUGAAAAGACUCAAUCUCAAGAUAUUUCUAAUGAAUCUCCCAAAACUAAUUUAAACGACGAUUUAAAUAAAAAUGUUAAUGACAAUAUUAAAUUAAAUGAAAAUCUAAUUGAGAAUGUAACUGAAAAUUUAAAAUUAAAUGAAAAUGUAAAUGAUAAUUUAAAUUUGUUUAAUGAUUUAGAUCUGACUGAAGCUGAAAAUUAUGCUUUAUAUAUGACAAUGCCCCCAUUUGCUACGCAAAGUGAAUUUGAUGAAGCUUCUUGUUAUUACGCCCCAGUUGAAGGUGGAAAAAUUUUGAAUGAAACUGAAGUUCAAUUGAAAUUAAAUAAAACUUGAUAAAAAAUUUUUGUUUGCA